UGGUUGUAAUCAUAGAUAAUAGAUCUACAAAGGGUAAUCUUUAUCUAUGGUUGUAAUUGUACAUGUGCUACUACAAGUGUAAAGGUGUAACGGGAAAGGGUGACACGUCGUGAUGUGGUGUGCAUAGGUGACACGUAAGCGAAUAGUGAGUGGCAUUAAUAGUAAUUGCUUUUGCCCUUAUUUUGAGUUCUUCACUGCUCUAUUUGUUGUUAGUUGAUGCAGAAGGUGCAUGAAAGUAAAGUUACUGCAGAAGUAAUUGUUAAUUAAUAAUUGAUAAAAAUGUCAGGAAAAACAUCUGUAAAACCAUUUACCAAAGAAGAAGAAUUACUUUUGCAAGAUUUCAGCCGCAAUGUAUCAACAAAAUCGUCAGCCCUUUUUUAUGGAAAUGCAAUAAUUGUAUCAGCAGUACCAAUUUGGCUGUUCUGGAGAAUACACAUGAUGGACAUUAUGUCAUCUCUAGUACUUUUUGUAGUUGUCACUAUUAUAUCAACAUAUUUGAUGGCCAUGGCCUAUCGUAAUACAAAAUUUAAUUUAAAACAUAAGAUUGCCGUAAAAAGAGAAGAUGCUGUUACAAGAGAACUCACAAAGAAGUUAGCUGAAGAUAAAAAAAUGAGCAAAAAAGAAAAGGACGAAAGAAUUUUGUGGAAAAAGAAUGAAGUUGCAGAUUUUGAAGCCACAACUUUUUCCAUUUUCUACAAUAAUGCUCUGUUUUUGGCACUGGUGAUAUUUGUUAGUUUUUAUGUUCUUCGCAGCUUUACCCUUGCUUUUAAUUAUACAUUAUCUGUUGGAGCUACAGCUGGACUUCUAGCACUUCUUUCCACAGGAUCUCAGUAAUUGUCUAACAUUGUAAUUUAGCCUUACAAUACUAUUUUUCUGGAUAAAUUAAAGCUGCUGCUAAAAAGGCAUCACAUGGCAGCCACUUGGAAGUCUUGGACUCUUU